AUGCGAAGCCAAUUUCUAAUUGUUUCAUUUAUUAUUUUUUUGGUUUUGGUAUUAUAUAUUGGGUUUAGAGUUAGGACAGGUAAGUUUUAACUUGAUUUUACAAAUUAUCAGUAUAGCCUUGCGUCUAGUGCCAAAAUUAUUCCAACUUUUUCAGACGGUGAAAAUCGAGAGCGUCUAAAAUUCCAAAGUGUAGAUCAUAUAAAAAUAGCAGAAAGUGAAAAAUGGAAAUUGAAGAGAGAUGAUACGAUUCGAGUUUUAGCUGCCUAUCAAUACGAAGAUCAUAUUGCAGUCACAACUUAUUCACUCCAUGAGCCUGGGUUAGUUGUUCUAGAACUUGAAACAAUUCAGAAUCAAGCCGAAAAUCAAUUUUACACCUACAGUAAAAUAAUAAAAAAUGUUCCAAUUCCAGAACGAAUGCGCGAUGCUUUUAUUACGGAAAAAAUAACCGAUUACUCUCCGACGCCAGCCAGCCUACAGUAUUCUCCGGUUUUUCGUAUGCCAAAUGUCCCAUUGACAGACGAGCAAAAUAUGUGACACUUUUAUCAACGAAUUUUGAAAAUAGUCCAGAUCCUGUGGUUAUUCAGAAUCAAGAGAAAACAUUUAUCAAAAAUUACAAAGCGGUUUGUGUUAGUCCGAUUUUCGGAAGCGAAGUGAAUUGGAAGAAAAUCGUGAAAUUCAUCGAGUUCCAUCGAAUCACUGGCUUCAACUUUUUCUAUUUCACAGUUUUCAACACUUCAGCUUAUGAUCAACAAAUAAUUGAUGAUUAUGUUCGACUUGGAUACGUGGAUGUUACAUAUGUAACAUCAAAAAGAAUCAUGAAUUCAAUUGAAUAUGAUCUAAUUCAACAACAAAAUUGUGUAUUCAAGGCGAAAGGUCAUAUCAAAAGAUUGAUUCAUUUGAGAUUGGGAGAUGAGAAAAGUACCAGGCACGUUGAUUUUAAUGCAAAUGAAAUUCCAAUUGAAAUAUAUGAAGAUGAAGAAGUUCAAGAGACAUAUGAUUCAAAGAUUGAAUUGAUUUCGAAUGUGACAAAAGUAAUUGGGAAGAGACAGAUAAAAAUGUAUAAAUCAUACGAUUCACUGAAUGGAUUACUCACUUCAGAGCGAAAUAUUGAAGAUAUAUCGUGAGUUUUUCUGAUUUCUUUUAACUUUGCCACGUCCAAACUUUUUUCUUUAAAAAUCAGAGCGCGAUUUGAGCGUAGCUUCUGACGGACUUUUAGAUUAGAAAAUUGGAUGGAAAAAACUCUAUUUGAUUGAGGAAACAGAUACGAAGAACUUUUAGACUUUUGAAAAUACUAUUGUGGUCGAAACAAUAAAAUUCUUAAUUUUCGAAUAGAAAAUACGAAUAAUUUUUGAAACGUACUUAUUUUCAAUGAAAUUGGAACAUUUUACAAAUUAUUUUUUAAAUUAUAGAAAUUCCGGAAAAAAAAACAAAAAGAAUCUAGUUUGAUCUAAUUAGAUUUUCAUUAACUAAUUAAUUAUUGUCAUGUUUUAUUAGAUUAAAAGUUUCAAAAUCUUAAAAUUAAUUAACAGAACUUAAUUGAAAAAAGAAAAACUCUGACCUCAAAUUCCAACAAAAAAAAUUUCAGAUAUGAUCUUCCAACGGAAAGAAUGUACUACGACGCAGUUGAACAACGAACAACAAAUAUUUAUAAAAAACGUCCGCUUUAUUGUGACGAACUAAAUAUGCAAUUUUUCUCGUUCUGCGAGGAAAAAAUCUAUCAUUGCAAAUUCCGAAAUUAUGAAAGUGAACAAAAUAUUCGACAUUUGAAAUCAAUGUACAAAAUGACAACAACCGCAGCGUAUCAAUAUCCAAACUGGUAG